GGGGGCACUACAUUUCAAUGGGAGAGAUGCGAUUGAAGAGCUGCAACAUUCUGCUUCUCCAUUGAGUUAUUACGGAAUAGAUUACAAAGAUACGGCAGUAUAUGGCAUCUAAUAGAAAAACAGAACAGACCUAUCAACAUUAAAUGGUGGAAACAUAUUUCCUCGGUCUGUAAAUUUCAUCUUGCUAUUGCAUCACGGCUCACCAUCUCCCGACACUGAUCUACCAGGAAAAAGCCAAUAAGCUCUAUGGCUGAACCAGAGUUACUGCUUGACUCCAACAUACGACUAUGGGUGGUGCUGCCCAUUGUCUUCAUCACAUUUUUAGUGGGAGUCAUUCGGCAUUAUGUGUCUAUUCUUCUUCAAAGUGACAAAAAGCUCACCCUAGAGCAAGUGUCUGACAGCCAGGUCCUAAUUCGGAGUAGAAUCCUACGGGAGAAUGGAAAAUAUAUCCCAAAACAGUCAUUUUUGAUGAGGAAGUUUUAUUUCAACAAUCAAGAAGAUGGAUUUUUCAAGAAGACCAAAAGAAAAGUGGUUCCACCUUCCCCAAUGACAGAUCCCAGUAUGUUGACAGACAUGAUGAAAGGAAACGUGACCAAUGUGCUUCCCAUGAUUCUCAUUGGAGGGUGGAUAAACUGGACCUUUUCUGGAUUUGUAACAACCAAGGUUCCCUUCCCUCUCACAUUACGCUUUAAGCCUAUGCUACAACAAGGAAUAGAGCUGCUCUCCCUGGAUGCCUCCUGGGUAAGCUCAGCAUCAUGGUACUUCCUUAAUGUCUUUGGUCUAAGAAGCAUGUACUCAUUAAUCCUUGGACAGGACAAUGGUGCCGAUCAGUCCAGGAUUAUGCAAGAGCAAAUGAGUGGUGCAGCUAUGGCAAUGCCAGCAGAUACAAAUAAGGCAUUUAAGGCUGAAUGGGAAGCAUUAGAGCUGACGGACCACCAGUGGGCGCUGGAGAGCGUGGAGGACGACCUCAUGAGUAGAGAGCUGGACUUUGAUGGCAUGUUCAGCAAAGAGCUACCCACCGGUAUCUUCUAAACAUUUGAAGCCUUCACAUCUAUUUGUCACAGGGAUUUGCUUUAGUUAAGGACAGAAAUGGGCCAGAUUCCUCAAUGUUAUGCAACGUUUACAUUCCUUUAAACAGUCCAAACAUUUUCAAGAGAUUCCAUUUCUUUUUAUAUUUUUCGUAGAUGGAAAAACGCACUAGCUUUAUUAUAGUGUUCCAUAAUGUUCUGCUUCAUCAGGCCAGGCAGGAUCUUGUGGGCUCUGUUUAUGAGCAUCCAUAUGAGUUUUGCUGGUACAACAAGCUGUGAAGUGAUCUAGUGAAUUUGUUUUCCCAUGUUACAAGCAUUUGCCACUCAUUUUCACUCAUUAUUACACAGAAGACAACCAUAUUUAACAACACUGCAUUUUGCUAAUUUAAAUGUACUUAUUAACUCCAAGAUUGAAGAAAUGCUAUGCUAGAUUAUGCAUCGGGAUCUGAUGAAAUACUAAAGUUUGAAUUAUGUAGAGGAUUAAUUUUUAUAAUGUAUCUCUUUUGUUUUGUAAUGUAUAAAAUGCCUGUUUGGAA